AUGUCUAGUACAUCAUCUGCGUCCUCCGAGCAGGAGAGUAUAACACCUGACGCCGCCCUGCCGGAGAGUACACCACCUGCGUCCUCCGAGCAGGAGAGUAUAACACCUGACGCCACCCUGCCGGAAAGUACACCACCUGUGUCCUCCGAGCAGGAGAGUACACCAUCUUCGUCCUCCGAGCAGGAGAGUAUAACAUCUGAUGCCGCCCUGCCGGAGAGUACACCACCUGCAUCCUCCAAGCAGGAGAGUAUAACACCUGACGCUGCCCUGCCAGAGAGUACAUCAUCUGUGUCCUCUGAGCAGGAGAGUAUAACAUCUGACACCACCCUGACGGAGAGUAUACCACCUGCGUCUUCCGAGCAGGAGAGUAUAAUACCUGAUGCUGCCCUGCCGGAGAGUACACCAUCUGCGUCCUCCGAGCAGGAGAGUAUAACAUCUGACGCCGCUCUGCUGGAGAGUAUAACACCUGACUCUGCCCAGCUGGAGAUUAUAACAUUUUAUGCUGCCCUGCCGGAGAUAAUACCAUCUGCGUCCUCUGUGCAGGAGGGUCUAACAUCUGACGCUGUCCAGACAGAGAGAAAGCCUAGGCGAUUCUCACGCCGCUGGUGGCAGAGGCAGUGCCUCAAAUACUUCUGCUGCUGUUUUAAAGCACCUGGGAUUUAUGGCCAAUAA